AACAAUUAUUUGAGGAGCAGUCAGGUGCAAACCGAACACAAAGAGAGGAGAGAGAAAGAGAAAAAAACCAACCAAACAAACCAACAAAGAAAUAGAUAGAAAAAGAGAGAGAAAAAGAUCAGAGAACAAAAAUCAAUCAAAUUCUAUGCCACCAAAGAUAGAUCAAUUUGCUUUAGGUUUGAUUAAAGGAAGCUUCAUAAUUGCAGAAUUGAAAUUAUCAGAUCUCAACACAACACAUGAGCUUGUUUGAUAAGCUUCGUUGUUCUCCCCCUAAUAUUCAUAAUUGCCGCCUUAUUGCCGGCAUUCUUCUCUUUCUUCUUUUUCAUUCUAGUCAAUUGAUUUCCAAUUUCUUGCUUCCUAUAAAACCCUAAUUUCAUCGAUUCAUCCCCCUUUUCAUUUGAUCUUAAUCUUUUUGGUACGUCAUUUAUAUUUCCGAUUUUUAUUUGUUGAUUUCGUGUUACCAUAAAUGGAGCAUAAUCAGCAUGUCGCCGAUCACAUUUUGAACGCUUCAAGUACUCGAUGCAUCGAGAGAAGAACUGCCGCAACUCGUUCGGUCAUUGUUAUUGGUGGUGGUAUUUCUGGAGUUGCUGCUGCUCGUUAUCUCGUUAAUGCAUCGUUUAAGGUGCUUUUGUUGGAAUCACGUGAUAGACUCGGUGGCAGAAUUCAUACUGAUUAUUCCUUUGGCUGUCCAGUUGACAUGGGGGCGUCGUGGCUGCAUGGUGUCUGCAAUGAGAAUCCAUUGGCUCCUUUAAUACGUUCAUUGGGGCUUAGAUUAUAUCGUACUAGUGGUGACAACUCUGUGAUAUAUGACCAUGAUCUUGAAAGUUGUAACCUCUUCACCAAGGAUGGACAACGGAUUCCUCAACAGAUGGUCAUCGAAGUUGGUGAAAUAUUCAAAAAGAUCCUCAUGGAGACUGAGAAAAUUAGGGAUUCCCACAAUGAUGACAUGUCAGUUCUUCAAGCAAUUUCAAUGGUGCUGGACACACAUCCACAGCUGAGACAAGAAGGGCUGGCACAUGAAGUUCUACAGUGGUACUUGUGUAGAUUGGAAGCUUGGUUUGCUGCUGAUGCAGAUAUGAUAUCUUUGAAGACUUGGGAUCAGGAGCAAGUUCUUUCUGGUGGUCAUGGACUAAUGACGCAAGGUUAUUACCCUUUAAUAAAUGCACUUGCAAAGGAUAUUGACAUAAAGCUGAAUCACAGGGUUUCAAAGAUUUCCAGUGGACUUGACAUGGUGAAGGUGACGGUAGAUGAUGGCAUGGAAUUUGUCGCUGAUGCCGCAAUCAUAACAGUGCCUCUUGGUGUUCUUAAAGCCAACUUGAUUGAAUUUGCGAAGUUGCCAGAUUGGAAGAUGUCUGCAAUUUCCGAUCUUGGGGUGGGAAAUGAGAAUAAGAUUGCUUUGAGAUUUUCUGAUGUGUUUUGGCCAGAUGUUGAAUUGUUAGGAAUGGUUACCCCCAAUUCUUUCACAUGUGGUUAUUUUCUCAAUCUGCACAAAGCAAUUGGAAGCCCAGUCCUUGUCUAUAUGAUUGCGGGCAGGUGCGCCUAUGAUCUUGAGAAGCUUUCAGACGAGGCAGCAGUGAAUUUUGUAAUGUUACAGCUCAAGAAAAUGUUUCCAAAUGCUACUGAGCCGGUCCAGUAUCUUGUUUCUCGUUGGGGAACAGAUCCGCACUCUCUUGGUUGUUAUUCGUACGACUUAGUGGGAAAGCCUACAGAUGUAUAUGAAAGACUAAGAGCACCAGUUGGUAGCCUCUUCUUUGGUGGUGAAGCUGUUAGUAUGGAGGACCACCAAGGUUCUGUGCAUGGAGCUUACUCGGCAGGAAUCAUGGCCGCUGAGAAUUGUCAGAGCCAUCUCUUUGAAAGACUUGGUAACAUGGAGAAGUUCCAUCUUAACCCCUGUAGGGAAGAAAGUUAUGAUAAUUCUAUUCCUCUUCAAAUUUCAAGGAUAUAAUCAUAUAAACAUGAUAACAAACUUGACAGAGGAUUCUGAUAGUCUUACUGUUCAUUUAACUUUGUAAUAAUUUUCUAAAAGUAAUAUACUUGGUCUUUCUCA